GCCGGUGCAGUCUUGUCUCCGCCCUCAGCCCCGCCCCACUGCGGCGUUUUAAGGGUCUCUAAGCCGGUGCUCUGCUGGCACUACAGUCGGGGGAGGUUUGCGUGGGGGAAUUCACAGACUGCCCGCGCUGGGCCACGCUUGCCCCCACCCCACUGUGGGGACAGGAGCAGGAAGGGCCUGCUCCCAGGCCUCACAGGUUGAAGUGUGGGGCGGUCCUGACUCCCUGGCCCUGAGUCAGGGAGGGGCCAGCGUCGGGAGGCAGUUUUGGGGCGGGUGGUUUCACAGUAAGUGUGUUUGAACCCACAGUCCGGAAACGGUUACCGGUUCCCCUAGGCCCCGCUGGUGGGGACCCCAACCGCCUGCGGCUGCCCCUCCCCAGCUCCUCCCUGCCCAGGCCUCCGUCUCCAAGCUGCGGAGAAUCCACUCGCCGCUGCCCCUUCCCAUCUGGCACCGUGGGAGCCAGGCUUCCGGGGCCCCAGUCCCGCCUGUGAGAGUUGGAGCUCCCCCCACAUCCCCAGACAUCGAGGUCUCGUCUCCAGGGGUCCAGUCCGAGCCCCGUGGGAGGCUCCCGGAGCGCCUCGUGGCCCAGCCUACCCGCUCGGCGGCCAUGGCGGGCACCCUCGACCUGGACAAGGGCUGCACGGUGGAGGAGCUGCUCCGCGGCUGCAUCGAAGCCUUCGAUGACUCCGGGAAGGUGCGGGACCCGCAGCUGGUACGCAUGUUCCUCAUGAUGCACCCCUGGUACAUCCCUUCAUCCCAGCUGGCGGCCAAGCUGCUCCACAUCUACCAACAAUCCCGGAAGGACAACUCCAGCUCCAUGCAGGUGAAAACGUGUCAUCUGGUUAGGUACUGGAUCUCAGCAUUCCCAGCAGAGUUUGACUUGAACCAUGAGCUCGCUGAGCAGAUCAAGGAGUUGAAGGCUCUGCUGGACCAAGAAGGGAACCGCAGGCAUAGCAGCCUCAUCGACAUCGAGGGCGUCCCCACCUACAAGUGGCAGCGGCAGGUGACGCAGCGGAACCCAGUGGGACAGAAAAAGCGCAAGAUGUCCCUGUUGUUUGACCACCUGGAGCCCAUGGAGCUGGCGGAGCAUCUCACCUACCUGGAGUACCGCUCCUUCUGCAAGAUCCUGUUCCAGGACUAUCACAGUUUUGUGACUCACGGCUGCACCGUGGACAACCCUGUGCUGGAGCGAUUCAUCUCCCUUUUCAACAGUGUCUCGCAGUGGGUCCAGCUCAUGAUCCUCAGCAAGCCCACCGCCCCCCAGCGGGCCCUGGUCAUCACACACUUCGUCCACGUGGCAGAGAAGCUGCUACAGCUGCAGAACUUCAACACGCUGAUGGCGGUGGUCGGGGGCCUGAGCCACAGCUCCAUCUCUCGCCUCAAGGAGACCCACAGCCACGUUAGCCCCGAGACCAUCAAGCUCUGGGAAGGUCUGACGGAACUGGUGACGGCCACCAGCAACUACGGCAACUACCGGCGGCGGCUGGCAGCCUGCGUGGGCUUCCGCUUCCCCAUCCUGGGCGUGCACCUCAAGGACCUGGUGGCCCUGCAGCUGGCACUGCCUGACUGGCUGGACCCUGCCCGGACCCGACUUAACGGGGCCAAGAUGAAGCAGCUGUUCAGCAUCUUGGAGGAGCUGGCCAUGGUGACCAGCCUCCAGCCACCAGUGCAGGCCAACCCUGACCUGCUGAGCCUGCUCACGGUGUCGCUGGAUCAGUACCAGACGGAGGACGAGCUCUACCAGCUGUCCCUGCAGCGGGAGCCGCGCUGCAAGUCCUCGCCAACCAGCCCCACCAGCUGCACCCCGCCGCCCCAGGCCCCUGUGCUGGAGGAAUGGACCUCAGCGGCCAAACCCAAGCUGGACCAGGCGCUCGUGGUGGAGCACAUCGAGAAGAUGGUGGAGUCUGUGUUCCGGAACUUUGACGUCGACGGGGAUGGCCACAUCUCUCAGGAAGAGUUCCAGAUCAUCCGUGGGAACUUCCCUUACCUCAGCGCCUUUGGGGACCUCGACCAGAACCAGGAUGGCUGCAUCAGCCGGGAGGAGAUGAUCUCCUACUUCCUCCGCUCCAGCUCCGUGCUGGGCGGCCGCAUGGGCUUCGUGCACAACUUCCAGGAGACCAACUCCUUGCGCCCCGUCGCCUGCCGCCACUGCAAGGCCCUGAUCCUGGGCAUCUACAAGCAGGGCCUCAAAUGCCGAGCCUGUGGUGUGAACUGCCACAAGCAGUGCAAGGAUCGCCUGUCAGUGGAGUGCCGGCGCCGGGCCCAGAGCAUGAGUCUGGAGGGGUGUGCAUCCUCCCCCUCCCCCACACACACCCACCAUCGCACCUUCAGCUUCUCCCUGCCCCGCCCGGGCCGGCGCGGAUCCCGGCCUCCAGAGAUCCGAGAAGAGGAGGUGCAGACGGUGGAGGACGGAGUGUUUGACAUCCACUUGUAAUGAUGCUGUGACUGGAUCCAGCACUCAUGUCUGUCUUGGAGCAAAGACCUGGAGCAGAGCAGGGAGCCGGGUGCUGGGGCAGCAGGCUGGGGCUGGGGGGUGGGGCAUGAGGGUGGCAUGUGGCUGAGGGCAGGGCCGGGGCUGGCGUCCCUAAGGUU